AUGUUCAAUUCAGUCUUUGCUGGGCUUCCACCCAGUUUUGCCGACCGCUCCAAACUAGACUCCGAAAAGCUCUUCCAAUCCAGCGACGGUUCAGUCCUCCAGGAUGCGAAGAAUGCCUACCUACAGGAUACCAAUCACUUUGACAAGGUCAUCUCAUCCCAAGAGUCACUGCACCGUGGCGCCCGUAUUGAGAUCUCUUACCUUGAGAGUGUCGCGCAAUACAUGAAUGAGUCAUCAAGGGCCCAGCAGUUCUUGGAACACACAUGCACUGCGGUGUCUCAUGGGAACUUGGCUUACUUCAAUAAUCUGAAGCGAGGGUUCGAUUGGGGCAUAAAUGCCAUGUUUUGCGUCACUGGAUCGCCACAGCAGUCGCAGAACCCUUACGACGAUACUAUUCUGACCAGAGCAUACAACUCUAUGGUUGCGACAGUAAAUAUGCUCAACGGUGACGACAAUUUUACGCUCUCUCCCAAGAGCUAUAGGGCUCCCCUGAUUUCUUCGGAAUACAAAUCCCGACUUAUUCAACGAUCCGGACGUUCUUGCGAGCUCACGGGUGCCCAGUUCAUUGCAAAGGAUAGGUGCACUACGGCCUCCAACUGCACUGCAGUGCAUAUAAUACCCAAGCGGAUGUGCUUACUAACCGAUGGUGCCUCAGGGGUUUUUGCAUGGCUUGUACUUGCGAUUCUACUUUCAAAAAAACAGUUCGACGAUGUAUGGGAUCAAUGCGCAGCGCAAGAUGGCAAUGAAUCACGGAAUUUACUACUCCUUCUGAAUGAGAUCAAAAUGGGAUAUGAUCAAGCGUACUUUAAGUUGUCCUACUCCAACGCGAAUGACGUCAACAGACCACUUCUGCGUCGCGAUUAUGAUCAUGCUCUUCAAAACCGGGAAAGGAUGGUCAUGGGAUUCGAAUGGCUCGUUCCCGAGGAGGAACACCGGAUGCGCCAUUGGGUCCCCCGACGCAUCAGCGACGACCAGAGAUCGAUUCUUCCAGUGUCGGAGCAUCACGCGGGAAUCGAACGUAAUAUCCCAACUGCUGUCCAUUAUGUCAAUUUUGCUUCGAAUGGCAUCGAAGACCCAUCGCCCCUGCUUUUGGAUGUGCACAAUCUCAUGGCGUCCUUGUUUAUACGGUUCCAGAACUUUGUGAAGCCAGGUCGACGCAAAUUCCCACUUGGUCCCAUGUGGAGCGCCUUCGUCCGCGAAGACAACAACACAUCGAAGUCAAACAGCCGACAACGGAGCCAUCCACCAACUAGAGAUUCGUUGACUGACAACAAACCUGUCUCAUCUCCAUCACAAUUCAAUAUGAGAGCGGCUGGAGAUCUUUGCGACGGCGCUGUUAAAGCUCAGAACCCUGGGAAGCGACCAUCGGAUCAUGUCGAUGAUAUUGACAGUCAUUUCCUUGCAUCCCAGGAUGGUGAGGAGGAGGGACCAAACAGCGCAUCAAGUAUCAGCUUCCAAAGGGCAAUUGAGGAAUAUUUGAAAAAAGAAGAGAUCUGGUGGAUUGACCAAAUGUAUAAUGGAGAAGUCCCUUACGCCCCUUACUCAGAGGAUGAGUCUAGCUAUACCUCAUUCCUUCAACACAAGGUGAUUAUACCAACCUGGAUUGCAGGGCUUCCAUAACUGUUUCUAGUGUAUUCACAAUAUUCACACAAAAAUAAUAUAAUUAAUGAAAUUAUUAUUGA